UGCAAGGUUAGGCAAGAGAAAUGUCAACAAAAAUACAAAACAUUUAUGCCUCAUGUACAUUUACAAAAUUCUAUAAAUAAAGCUGCCUUGGCAGUGUCCCCAAUGUGUGUUUUAACAAGUGGUGAAAUUAAAAAUUAGUGGUUUUCAAGACGUGUGUAGUUUUCAAAAAUAUUAUUUACAAUGCCAGGAAAAGUUAAAGUUAAAAUAAUUGCUGGCAGAAAUUUGCCUGUUAUGGAUAGAUCAAGUGACACAACAGAUGCCUAUGUAGAAAUAAAAUUAGGAAGUGUAACAUACAAAACAGAUGUGUGUCGAAAAUCUUUAAAUCCUCAAUGGAAUUCAGAGUGGUAUCGCUUUGAGGUAGAUGAUGCUGAAUUACAAGAUGAACCACUCCAAAUAAGACUCAUGGAUUAUGACACAUAUUCUGCUAAUGAUGCAAUAGGAAAGGUGUAUUUAGAUUUAAAUCCUUUACUAUUACCCUCCUCAGGAUUAUUACCUAAGUUAGGAUAUCAUGAACAAAAUUCUAGCAACGAAAACAUUACAAAUUCAAUGAUGUCUGGGUGGUUUCCAGUGUAUGAUACAAUGCAUGGCAUCAGAGGAGAAGUUAAUAUUGUUGUAAAAGUAGAAUUGUUUACUGAUUUUAAUAAAUUCAGGCAAUCAUCAUGUGGUGUUCAAUUCUUUUGCUCACCUAUAAUUCCUCUUGGACAUACAGUACAAGUUAUACAUGGUUUUGUUGAAGAACUAGUUGUAAAUGAUGAUCCAGAGUACCAAUGGAUUGACAAAAUUCGAACACCAAGGGCUUCAAAUGAAGCCAGACAAGUACUAUUCUUAAAAUUGUCUGGGGAACUACAGAGGAAGAUUGGUGUUAAAGCAUUGGAACUUGGAGGAAAUGCUGUUGUUGGAUAUAGCCAGAGCUUUGAUCUGGAAGGAGAAUCUGGGAUAGUUGCAAGAGGAAUUGGGACUGCAGUUUCAUUGCUCAAAAUUCGUGAUAAUUUACCUUCUAUUACCCCACAACAGCCUUUAGAUAAUAUAGAUGAGCGUGCAUUAAACUACUUAAAAUUUCUCGGCUCAAGCAGUAGCUUUUACCUAAAUAAGACUUGUGACAACCAAAAUUCCCAGCUGAACAGAAAAUCUUUCCUACCCUUUUCCUCAUUGAAUACAGAAAAUCCGUUUGACGUAGGGGGUCGAGAACACUUUAAUAAAUCUCGUUAUACAAGGCACUUGUCCACGAUUGAAUUUCAAAGAGGCCAUCAAAAUGUAGCGCCGGUUCGUUCAGCAAGUUCAAUGCAGUCACUUUUGAAGCAAGAAGAUUUUCGACGAAACCCUGGAAGAGGCAUUUCCCAAAAGUUCAGGAAUCUGAAGUAUGCUUCACAUUCAAUGCUAUCAAAAAAGAUGUCAGCUUUAAGAGCAAGAAUUUCAGAAACAGGGCCUGUUCAAGAAAACUAUGCUUUAGGGGAAAGUAGCUCGUCUCCAGCUUUAAAUCAAAGUGGCGAAUUAAAAAACAAGAACAACAUAUUUAAAAGAUCAACAAGUGACUCCAGUGUUAUGGCAGAACUACUAAUACAUUCUCUAAUGCGUAGUAGUUUGGAAUGCAUUGAAGAAUCAGGAGGUGGUUCCCCUAAAGAAGCAGAAAUAAAUGAAACCAAAGCAGAAGAAGCGGCGUGUCAGUUGAAAACAAUAUUGGAUGACGAUGCUUCCGAAAAAGACAGUACAUCAGAAUCAACCGAUUCUGAUGAUGAAUCUGAUUCAAAAGAUGAAAAAUCUAUUGAUUAUGAAACUGUAAGCAGUAUAAUAAAGAGCAUAGAAAUCAUUGAAAGCAGGAGAAGUAUGGAACUGGGUACGACACGCUCAAAUGAAAAUAUUCCUUUUGAAACUGAUAAUAUUUCAUGUUAUUCUAAAGAUUUACCACCUGAAGAUAUUCAAAAAUUUACUGCAGAGUUAGCACAAACUAAUUUAGAACGUUCUGAAACAAUAAUGCAACCUUCUACCAAAAAAAACGAUGUAGCAAAUGAAGAGCAACUGUCCGAGUUACAAAGGCAAGAAAUAAUAGAAAUUUUUCAAGAUGAUUCCUUAGGAAUCCCUCCUUUAGCUGAACCAGAAGAUUUUCUAAUUCACGAGCAUAAAAUUUCUCAAACAGAAGUGCCAAAUAAAUCUGACUUACUAACUUCAGGUAAUAAUAAGAAUACUAACUUCGAAUGUUCUCCCCCAAAACUAAGACCAAAAAGAUCUAAAUUUUUCAUACCUCCAGUAAGAAUUCGUGGAAAUAUCGAUACGAAAAGUUUAAUGCAGACAGCAAUGCAAACGAUGCUUCUUGAAAAAGUAAAUAUAAUUGGAACGUACACCCCACCCCUUUCGCCAGCACUUGACAGAGAUGAAGAAUUUGGUCACGAAGGCGCUUUUGUAGAUCCGCCAGCAUUAAAAGUAACAACACCGACAAAUGUCAGUACACCGGCAUCCUCGUCCUGUUCUUUAGAGAAAGAUCAAUCAUUCUACCCUCAAAUUGCUAAAACAUUUGAAAUAUUGCGAAGAUCCCCGACUGCUGUAUCACUGGGAGAACAUAACACCGAAGAAAAAGUAACUCCAGCCAGCUUUACUUCCCUCGACAAUUUAAACAAAGACACCCCUACGGAAGUCAAACAGAAGGUGAACAAACUGAAAUCGUUUGAAAAAUUACUUCACCAUAAAGGCUUGGCAAUCGGUCACUUAUUAAAAGAAAAGGUGACAGAUCUGUUAAGUCAUACAAGAAAACAAUCUAUAAAAGAAAAACAAAGUGUUGUGUCAAUUCCCGAAAUCCCUAUUACUCCUAAAGAAAUAACUUGUACUAAUUUCGUUUCUUCUCCCUCAUGUGAUGUUGAAAAUACCCCCGAAACCCCCCUUAAUGCUAAUUGUGAUAAGUCUCUCAAUACGAAAAUUGACGAUGGCUCUAGCAAUAGCUUUAAUACGUUGCAUGCAAGCUUAACCCAUCCAAAUAGGACAGGUGGAUCACUUAUCCUUGAAGUAGCAAGAUCUGAACAAGGACAUCAAAGAGCUGAAUCUACUGGAUCCAAAAUGGCACAUUCACCGGUCAAAUUCAUCACAGCGCCUUACAUACAUCGCAGAUCUUCCGACUCAGAUCUGAGCAUUACUCCAAAAGGAAAUAGCUUUACUGGGAGUGAUAAAUCCGGUGGUAUGAUAAGUAACAUGUUGAAGACAGGAACGUUAAUCAGAUCUAAUAUUCCUCAAGACAACCUAGACAUGCUAGAAUAUCCUUUUCUGACAAUGUCAAGAUACCCCCCAGGAUUCAUUUUAUGCAUUGGAGGUGCUGUAAGCGCAAGAUCAGUUAAACUUUUAGAAAGAAUUUCAAAUUUAGAAGAACCAGAAUCGCGCGAUACGUGGUGGUCAGAAUUGAGAAUGGAAAUUCGCUCUCAUGCUAGAACAUUAAAUUGUAACGCUGUUUUGGGCUACUCAGAAGCUACCAGCAUCUGUGACGAUGUUUGCGUUUUAAGUGCCUCAGGAACUGCAGCUGUAAUAAGUUAUCAUUGUUUAGGAGACGCUGAUGCCUUUUCUGGAAUUCCCCUGAUUCCCAAAAUGUAUAAUAAAGACACUUUGGUAUCGUCUCUAGAACGAAACGAUUUAGAAAAAGAAAAAAAAAAUUUAGACGGGCCUGUUUCUUUAACUGGGAAUUCCACCGCUAAACAAGUACAUGAUAGCCCUGAACACGAUAGCAAUAGUAAUUUAAAUACACCUCCUUGUAGUUUAUGCCACACACCCUAUGGUGGUAACUCAGGUCCUUUAAGAACUACUAUUUUUAAAUGUGCUCUCUGUCGAAAUUCCAAAGUACCUGAUAUAUUAAUAACUACAGUAGAAUUACCAGAAGACUUGCCAACUUCAGGCAAAGGGUGUUUCUUACAAGCACACGUUUGCCGUCAGCUCAAAGAUUUGAGGGGCGAAUCUAAUGCCAAAGACAUAUCUGAUGGCCUGCCUUUUCUUGAGUAUGAAUUGCAUAGACUUUUAGUCAACAAACUACGAGUUAAGGGAAUGAACGCGAUAUUCGGAUUGAAAGUUAGAAUAUCGGUUGGGGUACGAGUUCUGAUUGGAAUAGCAACCGGGACCGCUGUUUUUCUCCUACCCCUACCAUCUUCUCCUCCCCCAAAGCUUGUUUCAGACAGGUCAACUAAUGCCAAAAAGCUUGCCGAAAUGCAAAAAUUACUGAACGAAACUGUUAGGAAGAAUAAGGAAAUUUACCAAAUAAAAAGUGAAGAACCUAAUGGUAGGGUGGCCUUUUCUGAUAACGAAGAUGAAGGGAGUGAGUCCCCAGGAUUGGAUUUGGCAGCAGAAAAUAAAGAUUGCUGUAUCUUGGAGGCCGAUGAUCCAGAAGAUAUUGAACUAAUGAACUUGCUUAUGGAACCUCAGCCCCCUGACGGUUUUCACGUUGUAAAUACAGAACAAGUUCCAGGAUUAACAGAAUUAGAAAUAGUUAAAAAUUUACAAAUGUUUAUGCAAAUUUGGCGAGCUAAACUUCAUCCGCCUUUCAAUCUAGGCAAACUAUUACAUAAAUUAUUACAAACUGUUUAUUUUAAACUAAGAAGAAUGAUUCCUUGUGCCUUAUGCGAUCUCCAGUUUCGCGUAGAUUUACCAGAAUCUGACGAUAUUCAGCUUGUCGUGUUAGGAAUGGCUUUAGGACUAGCAGAACCGAAAAGUAAACCUAAAGUAAAAAAUAAGGGGCCCACGUCAAAGGAUCCUUCAAAAAAGAAUGAUGAUGACUAUUUAAUCUUUAAUAUGGAAGAAUUUCAGUCGAUGGAGCCUUCUCAGGUCCCUUCUUUGUCCCAUCACUCUUUCAAACUUAAAAAUAAACAAAAAUCGCCAGAAAGAGAAACUGCAAUUGCUCAAAAAGUCAUUAAAGGUAAACAUGGGGUUGAUAUUACCCCCUUGUCUUACGUACCUGGAGGAAAAAUUGAUAAAUAUCUAGGGAACUUAAAUUUCUUUUUCAUUAGGGAAACUACUUCAAUUAGGGAGGAGGGUGGUCUUAGUGGAUUUAUUCAUAGUUUUGCAACCGAAGUUUUAACCAUAGUUAGGGCACAUGUAACAGCUUUAGGGGGCAACGCCAUGGUCGCUUUUUACAUGAACGAAUGCGUUCUUUAUCAUAAUCUGCACAAAAAUCAGGGCCAGUGCUUAAUAAACGUUGGAGGGGAUGUUGUUACUGUUUCCUACACACCAGAUGAUUAAAUUAUGCUCUCCACCCUCAUGUUGAAGUAUUACUUUUAUAGUAUUAUUUUAAUCGUACUAAUGCAGUUGUUCAUAUAUUUUGAUUGUAUUAUACAAAAGGAUGUUCUGUUAAGUUGUAAUUUUUUAAUUGCGAAAUAUAGAAUAAAAAAUGAAAUUCUUGUAA